AUGGUUAUCAAAAAUAAAGUCGACUACGACCUCGAGGUUCUGGACCGCCCAGGGAUGACACAGUCGGUGGAGCAAAUCACUACGCUGCGAUCACAGCUCUGUCAGCUGGGCAAAUUGUGUUUCGACCCCCUCCCGAAUUACCAAGUUUUCGAAUAUCCGUCCAGCACAUCCUUCCAUGAUAAGAUAAUUGUGUUGGCCAAGCAAGGUGAUGAGCUUAUCGCUUUCCUUUCGGCUGUGAUCCUCCCGGUCUCUGGUCUGAAAGAGCCAGUUGUACAUACCGGCUUGACUGUCAUCCACCCCAGCCUCAGGAAGUCUGGCGUCAUACACAGCCUUUUUGCGGCUUUCUUCCUACAUCUCUUUUCUAUAUAUCCCAAAGGCCUAUGGCUCAGCACACUUUCGGGAAUCGUCACAUCCCUUGGACACAUCGCCACAUAUACAAGUAACGUCUUUCCCUCGCCACAAUGGAAAGAGGCGCACCCAGCGGCACGACCUUCAGAUAUCCACCUCCGAAUCGCCAGAGAGAUCAGUGCGAAAUACCGCCAAAAGAUGCACAUUUCACCCGAGGCACACUUUGACGAAAGUGCCUUCGUGUUCCGUGCUCAAACGCCCACACGUCGUGGCAUUUCGUCUGCCGAUACCGCAAGCGUGUUGAGACAAGAUCACCGCAACAUGACCCUGACACGCUUUUAUCGAGGCUUGUUGCGAGAUCCGGGCGAUGAAGUGCUUCAGAUUUCUUAUUUCGAUCCCGGCUUUACCUUCGGCAGAGGCGCAGAUGUCUCUGAGUGCGGUGCAGAUGAAAGCUUUGCAGGUUCCAUAUUGCUUGAUACCAGAUACGCAGAUUGA